UGAGGCUGCAUCGUGUUAAAGUGAUCACACAUGUUUUUCUGGAAGUGAUAGUUUUGUUUGGUGCGGAUCCCCGUGGCGCUCCGCGUUGGUCUCGUGUCCUCCGUGCUGUCCGGGGAUGGAGCGGCAGCAUCCGCCUGCUCUCCUCCAGCAUGGACCAGUGUUCGGGCCUGACGUCAGCCGUCGCCGCCCUGCCCGCCCGCAGUAUCGCCGUCUGCGACUGAUGAUGGAGACGGCAGCAGCGGCCUCGCCAUGAAAAAAGCCCUCCCGGAGGCGGAAAUAGGAGCUGUGACAAGAAGAGGGAACUUUUAACGGGGAACGGAGGGGGGGAGGUCUCCGGCCCCGACAGGCGAUGACUGUCAGCGGGCAGACGGGAGGGAGCGGCGGGCAGCGGCGCUCCGGUUGGAGGCUUCCACACUUCGUAAAUUAGGAAAACAAGCCCCGGGAAAAAAUACCUCGAUUUUUUUUCCCAGCAUCCCCUAAAAUGGACACUCGAAGGAGCGUUAACAGGGCGCGGUUUCUUUAAUUAAUGAUGAGGAAUUUCGCUGAUUGACUGAUUCCCGAACAAUGACUCCGCGGAGCGUUCGUCGCCUCAUCGACAGCUGGACGGGAUGAUGGCUGCGGGAUGGUGCGGGACGAGCCCGUGCGUUCAUGAGAGGAGCCCUCCGCGCGCCUGUUCAUGAUGGAGGCUGUUAACGCAAUCCGACGCAGUGUUGCAAGCGGGUUUAUGAUAUUAUCCCCAGAACUGGUUCUGUGAAAGAUGCUCAGGAUGUGAGGAAGAUGAGGCGAUGCUGUGUGAGGGGAGAGGCCCUUUCUGGAACUGAGAUUUAAAGAACAAUAAAAAAAAAAUACAAAAAUGUCGAAAGUUGUCAGCAAGGAGAAGAAAUCGUUCAGCAAGAAGCUGUUCCGGAGGAGCUCGGUGCGCUCCGUGGGGAGCUUCAUGAACAGAGUCCUCCGGACCUUGUCCACCCUGUCUCACAUCGGCAGUGAGGAGCAAACCACCGAGGACGAGAAGGACGAAGCAGCCCUGAUCCAGAGCUCCACCGCCGGCUCGGUCCCGUCCGAUGACAGCGACUGCGGGGGGUUCCCUUUCGGGGACAAGGUGCCGGGAGUCGCGGGGCUGAAGAACCACGGGAACACCUGCUUCAUGAACGCUAUCUUACAGUGCCUGAGCAACACCGAGCUGUUCGCAGAGUACCUGGCUCUGGAGCAGUUCAAGGGAGACGAGGCGAGCAGCGGCGGGGAGAAGCCCCGAUCCAACGGGGUUCUGGUGCAGAAGAAGGGGGCCAGCCUGCAGCAGGAGACGGGGGAGGUGACCGAGCAGCUGUCAGGUCUGGUUCGGGCUCUGUGGACCUUUGAGUACACACCUCAGCACAGCAGGGACUUCAAGAAUGUGGUGUCCAAGAGUGCCCUUCAGUUCAGAGGAAAUUCCCAACAUGACGCCCAGGAGUUCCUCCUCUGGUUACUGGACCGAGUCCAUGAAGACCUCAACCAAAUCGUUCAUCCUGAAAGCAGACCACCCAGGAAGCCUCCAGUAGAAGAAGAAGAAGCUGUCCCUGAAGGAUCUCCACUCCCAGCACCUGGCUCUUUUGUACAGGAGCUGUUUCAGGCACAAUACAGGUCCUCGCUGACCUGCCCUCACUGCCAGAAACAGAGCAACACCUUCGAUCCUUUCCUCUGCAUCUCACUGCCAAUCCCAGUACCUCACACACGGCCUCUGUAUGUGACAGUGGUGUACCAGGGGAAGUGCUCUCACUGUAUGAGAGUGGGCGUGGCCGUGCCUCUCUCUGGCACCGUUUCCAGGUUAAGACAAGCUGUGGCCCAAGAGACCAAAAUCCCUGCUCAACAGAUUGUUCUCACUGAAAUGUACUCCGACGGCUUCCAUCGCUCCUUCUGUGACGACGAUGAGGACCUUGAGAUAAUUCAGGAGGGCGACUCCAUUUUUGCGUUUGAAACACCAGAGCUUUUCCGACCUGAUCAGAUCCGUUCCAAGCGAAGCGGGAGCCCACAUGUUAUUCUCAAUCAGAACAACUUGAAGUACGCCACAGACAUUACCAGGAUGUCCACACAGAUACAAGAGCCUGUCACGCCACCGCAGAGCCCCAACAAGAACAGCGGGCAGGCUGAGAAGAUUGUGCUGCUGGUGUGCAACAGAGCCUGCGCCGGACAGCAGGGCCGCAGAUUUGGGAACCCAUUUAUUCUGUAUUUGGAGCGCACGGUGGCAUGGGAUACACUUCAGAAAGAGAUCCUAGAGAAAAUGAGGCAUCUAUUGCGGCCUGGCGUUUUUGUUCAGGUGGGGCCCUUCACUCUGCGUGUGGUGGGAGUGGUUGGGAUCACAUAUCUGCUGCCUCAGGAGGAGCAGCCACUCUGCCAUCCCUCUGUGGAGAGGGCGUACAAAUCCUGUGGUUCAGGCGGUCCUCCUCAUGUGAAAAUUGUAGUUGAGUGGGACAAGGAGACGAAAGACUAUCUGUUCAAAAGAACUGAGGAUGAGUACAUCCCUGAUGCUGAGAGCGUUCGUCAAGUGAAGGAGCAGCAUCUGCAGCCUCAGACCUGUUCUCUUGCCCAGUGCUUUCAACUCUACACCAAAGAGGAGCAGCUGGCCCCUGAUGAUGCAUGGCGAUGUCCACACUGUAAGCAGCUUCAGCAGGGCAGCAUCAAACUCAGCCUCUGGACUCUGCCAGACAUCCUUAUUCUGCACCUGAAGCGCUUCAGACAGGAUGGAGAUCGACGUAUGAAGAUGCAGAACACGGUGAAGUUUCCGCUCACAGGGAUGGACAUGGCGCCUCACAUAGUGAAGCGAAGCCAGAGUAGCUGGAGCCUUCCCUCUCACUGGUCACCGUGGAGACGGCCUUACGGGUUGGGCCGCGAUCCGGAGGACUAUCUUUAUGACCUGUAUGCAGUGUGUAACCAUCACGGGACCAUGCAAGGGGGCCAUUACACAGCUUUUUGUAAGAACUCCAUUGACGGACAGUGGUACUGCUUUGAUGAUAGCGACGUUCAUCCCUUAUCAGAAGAUGAGGUCUGCAAGCAGACCGCUUACAUCCUGUUUUAUCAGAGACGGGCGACAAUCCCAUCCUGGUCUGCCAACAGUUCAGUAGGAGGCUCUACCAGCUCUUCUUUAUGUGAACACUGGAUAAGUCGUCUGAUGGAAAGCCGUCCACCCAGCCAGGCGUCAUCUGGUUCUUCGAGACGCACCUCGCUGGCCUCCCUCUCAGAGUCUGCUGAGUUUGCUGGUGAACGAAGUGAAGAUGAUGGGCUAUCGAUGCGACCAGCGGUAAGAGGCAUGCAAAGACCAACGUUCACUUCGAGAUCUUCUAUCGCCAGUCCGCUGGCACUGAGUGAAAAUGGCACAAAACCCUCCUGGUCCCACUCGGCUAAGCUCCAGCUUCGCUCCAACUCUCCUUCCCGCUUCUCAGUGGAGUCCCACUCUUCGUCCCAGACACUGGAAAGAAUCGGAGAGGUCGCUGAUACCCAGCUGUCACCGACAUAUUUCACAACUUCACCUAAACUAGACAAGCUGUCAGAUGGCAAAUCAGCGCUCACUACCCUGGACAGUAAUUCAGGGAGAAAGAGGCUCAUAGAACAAGUGCAUGUCAAGGCCAUGACACAGGCGGAGCAGAGGAAUGCUAUCUCAUCAGGGGACAACAACGCGGUCACAACCACUGAACAGCACAGAGUCUCUCCGAAGGAAUCCAAACAAAGAAACGGGAGUGUCGAUGGUUCUGGUGUCAAAAGGACCUCAGCUAAGGUCGGGUCAGAGAGUGAAAAAAGUCCUAAAAAGCGGACUGCCCCCUCUUCAACAUCAUCCAGCUCCCUCUCUCCUGCUUCCCCAGCCAUCGAUAAGUCGCCAUCUCGAACACAGUCCAAGGGCGCGGCAGCAACCUCUAAUACCAAAAGUGACGGACCACUAAAGACAAGCAAGGGUGGGACCUCAAGAGCAGCAACUCCCUCCAGGAAAGGGUCCCCCCAAACUACAGAAGGGUCACAUCUUGACUCCCGGCAGAGGAAGAGCAGUUCCACAGCACCUCCAAACUCUCAAAGGAGGCCAUCACCUCGAGAGAGAGGCGAGAAAAGCUCUUCAGGAAGGGCUAGAGCAGCAGAUAGGAGCGCAAGCCGGGAAUCCUCACGGGUGAGCGCGGCGUCUGAGAGGAAAGUUAGCCAUGGAGGUCCUCCUGCCAGGCUGAGUUCAACCGCUAGAGCAGAAGGACGUCUGAGCAGGGGUGUGGAAGAAAAGGCAGCAGGCCGGAGCUCCAGCAGCAGCUCCUCUAUGGCGAGCCUCCGAUCUCCAAGCGUGGGCCUUUCAUCUCCUGGAGCGGGGUCACAGUUGAAGUCACCCCGGGGGAACAGCAGGACAGAGGACAAAGGUUUAUCCUUCUUUAAAACGGCUCUGAGGACGAAGGACACCCGUAAAGCUGGUGAGAGCGGGAAAGCAGGGGUGGGAGAGACUAAAAGCAUCCCAGAAGAUUGUGCUGGGGAUGGUUUAAGAGAAGUCGUCGCACGUGGAGCGAGCAAAAAAGCCCAAAACGUGGCUUCGGAAUCCCAGAAUAAUGUAACUACAACCAAAGACCAAGGGCCCACUAAAGCAUCAGCUGCAGCUAAACAUUCACUGCUGUCCUCCACAAAAGCUAAGCUCCCUGGGAUUCAAUCAACCACCCAAACCUCUGGGCUUUCGAAGGACCUUUCAAAGAAGGAGCCUGCUAAAAAGACCCAGUCCAGGAAGAUUCCCAUCAGUUCUACACAAACUAGCCAGAAAUCCAAGUGAUAUUUCCUUGAAAAAACAAUCUUUCUAGUGCAGCUUUGAGGUGUUUUUUUAUGUAUUCCUAUUAUCAUAAAGUAAGUGUCUGAUUAACACCUUUAUAACACCUGUAGCUGAAUCCAGCUGCCAUAUUUGGACGCUCACUGUCCACGUUGUUAAAUAGCUAUUUAGGAAUGGAUUUUAACAAAGCACUUUGUAUGGAUAGCAUUGAUUUCAAAGAAUAUUAUACCGUACACUGUAAAUAAGCAUGGUCUUGUAUUGACAUUAUUGCCUCGUUCUGUAUGUAGCGACGUUGGGAAAAGGAUCGGCUUAGGUGAAUAUAAAAGAGGAUUUGCACAAGAUGGAAAGUAGAUGUCGGGGAGGGGAGAAACCUUUGAAAUCCAUCAAACACGGACAGCUUAGUCACCAAAGGACAUUUAUGGCAAUUUUCAACAUGCUGAUGCAGUGAAUUAUUUUGAAAAAUCCACUAUGUAGUGACUGCUCUUCUUCCGUUUUGAGAGCCAUACGUCAACAACAAACAGCAGUGCCUCGGAUAAUCAUAAGAAAUAUUUAAUCUAAAUUGUAUAACUCCAGGUGUCAGUCAAUUUGUAAUUGAAUUUUAAUAUUUAUUAAGCACUUCAAAACUGAAUUUUCAAGUUAAAACACACGUAAAGCCUAUUUAACCCAAAGUAUUGUUUACAUGUACUCUUUGGUAUAGAAACUGCAACAGCCUUUAAGAUUAUUUAUUUUUUCUGAGUCAAAAAGAGUAAAAAAGAUAGAAAUGUACCGUCCUGAGACUAUUUUAAAGCAGCUCUUACAGUUUACCAACCUAUUUUAGCCUCCAACUUCUUCACAUCGCAGUCCACCUGUUCCUUCCUUCAGCGGAUGCCACCACUUACCUGUCCCCCCAUCAACCUCUCCAGACUGCCGCAGGUCUCCAGACAUUCCCUCCAGAUGAACACAGGGUUAUCGCAUACGAGCCACCUCAUGCCCGACAUAAAAAUGUACACGUUCAGAGGGAGCUGGGAGGCCUUCGCUGAACACCAGUCUUGUACAUAAAGCAGCCGUGAUGCGUUUGAGUACAUCUAUCACACGUGACAUCACAGCUUGUGCACAUGUUAAGCUGGAGAGCAGAUCAGCACUGACUGUGUUAACACUGACGGAGAAUCUUGGAAUAUGUGACAGCUGUUGCAUGAUAAAUUGCUUAAAUGCAUGCACUUAACUAUGCAAGCAGAUUCUAGCGAAUGCCCUCACUGAGUAUGUAGACGUGCUGCUCUUGGAUUUGUAUUUAUUUGUAAAUGUAUUUUCAUUUUUUCCCCCCAAAAGCUUGCAUCGGAGAGCAUGCAAAGACAUCCUUGAUUAAAGCUUUAUUUGCACAUUUCUCCUAAGUAAUAGCCAUUUUUUAUGAAUGACAGGUAUUGCUCAUUCACUCUCAAAUCAGCUACAAUUUAACCUCAGAUUUCAUUGAUUUUUAUUUUUUUUACAGCUUCUGGACAACCUUAACAGCAGAGCAUUUGUGCUAUUCAAAACUAAUAAUUUAGAUUCUUUUUUUUUUUUUAAUUCUUAGUAGUUUUAAUGUUUUAUUAAUUGGAUCUGCUUUGAGAGACGGGAAAAUAGAAUCAAUAUAUUGAUAAGACAGAAGAUUUACCAGGGUUUUUCCAAAAUUUAAAGUAGCCUUAAGUUGAAGAAAGAUCAUAUUCAGUCUUGUCCAAUAUAUUUUUGUAAGAAAUUGAAGAAAAAAAACAAUAAUCCUAUACUACGUAAAUACAAAACCAUCUCAUGUUUUGCAGCAUAGGAAAGAAUUAUUAAUCAAAAACAAUAUUCCUUUAAAAACUGAAUUUCUCAUGGAGCUAAACAGUAGUCUUAAAAAUGCUAUGCUCAGGAAGGAGUUCACAUAACCAAACAGCAUGACUACAAAUUGCUAUUGUGGCAUACACAGUGUAUAUAUAACAGUAAAAACUGUAAUACCAUCAUUUUUAGUGUCUGGUUGCUCCAGUGUUGAUGCUGUGGGUUUAUUCUUAACACAUGAAGUAUACAUCACAAACAGACUCCUCCGGUGCUCAUGGUAUGAUGAGAAAUGACAUAUUUAUACAAAGGCACGAGAAUGUCGGGUUUUUAUUCAUCCAUUUUUCCAUACGCGUCCGGGAUAUUUUGAUAUGUACAGUGUUUCAUUUUUUAUUUUUUCAAGGGUGGCAUGGCCUGAGCAAAUGCAGUGCAAUGAGCGAAAUAAGACCACACCAUUAAAGCAACAUUGUGUUGACCUAA